AUGGCGGUCAUAAUUGAGAGAAAGUUGCUGUCAAGCAGACUCACUUUUGCUGAGGAAUCACUGACAACCUUGAUAAACAUGACAUACAGUCUCCUUAAGAAGUCAAGAGCAAGAAGACCAACACUACAUACACAGUCACUGCUAGUGAGGGUUGGGCUGAUGGCUGUAACGGCUGUAGUUGUGAUUCCUGUGGUAACAGCCCAGUUUGGAAGUUACUCUGAUCUCAAGGGUGAUUACUGCAGAGCAAGACGUCCUGAAUCCUGCUGUGAUGGGAGGUACGACGACUGUUCCAUGCCCAUUCGUGGGACGUUGUGUUACUGUGACCAGUUCUGCAACAGAACCAUCAACGCAGACUGCUGCCCAGACUAUUGGCAACUCUGCCUUGGUUUCCGUCCCGCGCCCAUAGUAGGGUGCAACUAUGGCGGCCUCUACGUCGCUAGCGGUCACAGCUACAAAGUUAACUGCAAUAUAUGUAAAUGUGUGGGAAAUUACGUGAGGUGUGAGAACGACAGAUGUAUGAUGGAGGAGAAGGUGAUGAAGAGCGUGAACCUGCGUCAGCGUCAUUAUGGCUGGAGAGCCACCAACUACUCCAAGUUCUGGGGCAGGAAGGCCCAGGAAGGUCUGGUGCUACGAACUGGUUCACUUAACCCCGAGGUCUUGGGAUGGUAUGGCUCCUCCUGGGCUUUCUCAACCCUGGGUGUUACUCAGGACAGGUUAUCAAUCCAGUCCCUGGGUAAUGAGACGGUGAGACUAUCACCACAACAUCUCAUCAGCUGCGACAGACGAGGUCAACGAGGGUGUCGGGGAGGACACGUGGACAGGGCCUGGCAAUACCUCAGGAAAUUUGGGUGA